AUGUGGCUGUUUGCUGGAGGGCGGGGGGGCGGUGUUGGGGUUGGCGCCAGCCAGGGAACGGUGUCGUCGUUGCCAAAUGUCGCCGACGCGCAGACGGUGUUGUUGGGGCAGACAAAGGGCGAGGGCCACGCGGAAGGUGCAUUGUCCCCCUCGCUGAUAGAUCGCUCAAAAAGCCAGCAGCUUGUUAUACGGAAGGGCGAUGCUCGCGUGGCCUUUUUGGAUACCGAGUCCAUCGAUGGCAUAGCGAGAAGGUACGGGAGGGAAAUGACAGUUGCCGAUCAGUUAAUGAGGGAAAAGCAGAAGAGAAAACAGGGGCAGGGCCUGCUGCGUCUGUACGACUACGAGGAGGAUCGGCGUUACGGUCAGUGGCUUAGGGACCAGGAGCACGUGCGUGAAACCCUCAGAAUUCAUUGGCUGGACAUGAUCAUAGAUAAGCCACUGCUUUGCUUGACCUACUUGGCUCGCGUGGGGACAACCGUGGGCUUCUUCCACGGCGUGGGGCGCUCGGUGUACCUGUAUCGUACAAUGGACAAGGUGUAUAUGAAACUCCAUGGCGUUGGCUUCGCAGGCAUCGCCUUACACGAAGCCAGUACGUCGAUCGUGAAGGGCGCUCUUCUGGCGGCGGCUGGCACCGUGGGCAUUGUUGUCGGUGCAUCUGCGACGAGCAUUGCGCAAGCGAUUGCCACCGGGGAUGUCUCUGUGCCGGAGCGCACAUGGGUUAGCGUUUGGGUUUGUGGAACUUCCGGCGGACUUUUCGCUGGGGGGGCGUUCGCCGCCCUGCACGCUUCCCUCCUGACACCUUGGGGAAUGGCGGCGGCUGUAGCUGGUUUUGCGGCUGUCAGCUCCCUCGUGGGGCUCGCGCUGGCCCGCAUCGUGUAUCAUCCCUUCGCUUCUGCGCGUCAGGGCCGCACCUACGACCCCUACUGGCACCCAUGGAACACGAGGAGACUGAGUGACGGCGGUGGUGCCCACAUGCGUGGAAGGUACACCUGA